AUGUCUGCCGCACCCAACCAGCCCGGUCUCGUCUCCAGCCACGCCCAGUGUGUCAAGGGCGCCGCCGAGGAGACCAUCGGAAACGUAACGGGCAGCGAGCCCUGGAGGUCGUCAGGCACUGCGGACAAGGAGCAGGCAGUGAGCGCUAUGAAGGCGGCAUCAGCCAACCGCGACGCCAGCCAGCAGGGCAUGGGUAGCCUCGAGGAGAAGGCGGGUAACUUGGUUGGAUGUGAGGGCAUGCAGAAGGAGGGAGCUGAGAGCAAGCAAUAG